UUCCAGGCCUUGCAGGGUGCGAAGAGCCAGGAGAAGAAGACAGCGUGUUGUUUCUCAGUAUUACCAGCUAGUGGAAGUGUUAAAGACACCUUCGUUGGAGCCAGAAAUGGGCAAUACAGGCUUUUAAAAAUAGUCAUUGACAAUGAGCAGCUUGUUGUGGGAUCCUCUAGGCAGCCAGUUGGAUCAUGGGAAAGGGAUUAUGAUUCAUUUGUUCUUCCCCUUCUUGAAGACAAGCAACCAUGUUAUAUACUAUACAGAUUAGAUUCUCAGAAUGCUCAAGGAUAUGAGUGGAUCUUCAUUGCAUGGUCACCUGAUCACUCUCCUGUUCGUCAAAAAAUGUUGUAUGCAGCAACCCGAGCAACACUUAAGAAAGAAUUUGGAGGUGGUCAUAUUAAGGAUGAAGUAUUUGGAACAGUACAGGAUGAUGUUUCACUGAAUGGAUAUAAAAAAUAUUUGAUAUCACAGUCCUCCCCUGCACCUUUGACUGCAGCAGAAGAGGAACUUCGACAAAUUAAGAUUAAUGAGGUACAGACAGACGUUGGUGUAGAUACCAAGCAUCAAACAUUGCAAGGAGUAGCAUUCCCCAUUGCUAAAGAAGCUAUUCAGGCUUUGGAGAAAUUGAAAAAUAAGAAACUCAAUUAUGUACAACUGGAAAUUGAUAUGAAAAAUGAAACUAUUAUUUUGGCCAACACACUUCAUACUGAACUGAAGGACUUGCCAAAACGCAUUCCAAAGGAUGCUGCGCGUUACCACUUUUUCCUGUAUAAGCAUGCCCAUGAAGGAGACUAUUUGGAAUCCAUAGUUUUCAUCUACUCUAUGCCAGGGUAUACCUGUAGUAUACGAGAACGAAUGCUCUACUCUAGUUGCAAAAGUCCACUGUUAGAAAUUGUAGAAAGACAGUUGUGGAUGCAGAUAAUUAGAAAGAUUGAAAUAGAUAAUGGAGAUGAGUUAACUGCUGACUUUCUUUAUGAAGAGGUUCAUCCAAAACAACAUGCUCACAAACAAAGUUUUGCUAAACCUAAAGGUCCUGCAGGGAAGAGGGGAAUACGAAGACUGAUUAGAGGUCCAGCGGAGACUGAAACACCUAGUGAUUAGAAACUGUUGUUUGCAUUUGUUAUAAAGUAUUACAGUAAGAAAUGAAAUUCUGGCUUUUGGUAAUGAACUGAAAUCAUUCCAUUCAUAGAUGCUAGGGGAAAAAAAAAGGCUCUUUUUACUCUUCUCUCUUCUGACCUCAACACUUUUUAUAUUGUUACAUGACUAUGUUGACCAUGUUUUAUGACAUGUGGAAGAGCUAAUUAUUUUAAAGCUAGAAGUGGAAAACUAAGCUAGUACCCCUUUAUUUUAAAUUAGAAUCUAUUAUUUAAUAACUGUACAUGUGAUAAUAAAUUGCAGACAUAAGACUAUUAAGCCCAUGUAUUCUGUGAGUAGGUUACAGCUGUAUGCCUAGAUAACAAGCCUACGUUCUGUGAGCAGCCUGUUAAACGCUUAAGACUUUCCAUGUGAGAAGAGCUGAAGGAUUAUAUAGCAUUGUCCCAGAUAAGUCUUUAUUUUUCAUUGUAGCUGUUAUGGACAAUAAUACAAUAGAAGGUUUUCUUCUGGGUUUGACAUGAUGCAUUGUUGGGUUUUGUUUUGGUUUGCUUUUUUGUAAUAGAAAAGAUAAACUAAAAUCAGUUAGCCAUCAAUUAACAUAAGAGUUCAGGAAUAGCUGGAUAUUUUCUCAUGCAAAAGUAUGGUCAUUUCAAAUUUGUAACUAAAUUAAUGGAAUUGUCUUUUAAAGAAAUCUGACAUAAAACCACUACAGCUUUUCCAGAUUUCUAUACCACUCAUAAGCCUUACAUAUUAAGUACUGAAUGACUAAGUAAAAGGUGAUUAAAAGUGCAUGAAUUAGUAUACUCAAUAGAUUAUUGAGCUGCUUUCAAAGCAAUAUGCUUAAAGUUUCUAAUAAAUAAUUGAUUACCUUGUGCUCUUGGAUCUAAAACUGUGUAAGUUCAGUAAAAAUUGAAAUAGACUUGCUUCAUAAAGGUGAGUUGAGACUCUAGUGUGUUUGCACUAUCAACUGCAAUUUUAACUUUCAGGGUAUUCUGAAAAUGAUUUUUCCUAAAUGUUUGAACUUUAAGAGUAACUUCAAUCUGUAACAAAAUCCAACCAAGUCUUGAAUAACUGCUGGCAGCACCUGGUUAGGAUUUUGUCUUUCUCCCCCUCCCCUCCCCCCACUUAAUACUAAGAUCAGCCAGAAUAGUCUAAACUUGAUUGAAUCAUGAGUAAUGUAUUUCAUAAGAAGAGGAAAAAUAGAUUAUUUUAAUAAGUGGAUUAAAGAAGAAUUAGAUGUGGAAAUCAAGUAUUGAAUGACCUUAAAUAUUUAAAAUUGUGUAAUGAGACAAAAUACUAGUAGAUAGAUUAUAUUCCCCAGUUGGGACUUGAUUUUUUCUGUUUUGUAUGUGAGCUCUGUGGGUUUUGAAUUUUAAUUAUUUUUAAAGCUACGUGGGAGUUGCAAGUCUUGGCUCACUUCAUAUUAUCAUAGGUGCUGGGUGUACACAUUAAAUAGCUGAAUCACUUGUCUACCUGGUGGAAGAUAGAUUUUAACCUAGUUUUGUAGGGAAAUAAUGCUUUGACACUACUAGUUCCUGAUAAAUUUUAUCUUAUAUAUUAUUUUGUUUGGAGAUGAUAGCUUGUUACUGAUGUCUGAGAUUGCACUAUGUAAUGCAAAGAUUGCAAUAGUUGUUGGGUUUACUGUGGUUUUUUAUAUGCAUUAGAAAUUUGACACCUCACCUUUUUUCAUUUAAUCUUAUACACUACAUCAAUCCAAUUCAAUAGCUCUUGAUCCUCGGCUUAUCUCCAGCUUGCCUUCAGCUACUGUGUUCUUUUUCUGCCUCUUGCCUUCUCUCUCUAGGGCAAGGAGUUGGUCUUUGAAGUGUUUCUUGUGUGUACUACCUGUCAGGCAAGUGUCAUUGUUUUUUAAACAUGGUUAAUAUGCUUGCAGCUCAUUGUACAUUGUAAUUAAAUGUAUUAUUUUCAGUUGAACUCCGCAUCCUUGAAGAGCACCUAAUUAAUUUUGGUUUGGUGGGUGGGGGGUUGUUUUUUUUGGUUGGUUGGUUUUUAGGAAAACCUUUUGAGUGUAGCAGUUAAAAAUUACCACUAGAGAGUUUUUUGGUUGAUUUUAGUAUUCCUGCCUUUGUGUCAGCCAUACUAACUGUGCACAUACAUUUUUUUUUAUUUGAGACAGUAAAGAAUUCAGCAUUUUAAUACCAAAUGUUUUAAAUAAUGAACAGCUUGACCUGAUAUGGUUAUGUGCAUGUUGUGGGUUUUUUUUUGUGGUUUUUCUCCUUAACCCUGCCCUAGAUAGAUGAGGAUAGGAGCUAGAAAGAUUAAUCUGGAGGAUGGUGAGAGCUGGUCAAGUGAUUAUGUGAAGGUGUUUAUAAUGAGCUGCUUUAGAGUUCGGCCCAAACCAAACAUUGUAAGUUAUUUAACUUGAAAAUACUCUGUGUGGGUGUAUGAACCCCUGACCAGCCAGUGCAGAGUCAUGUCCUGAGCAUAUUUCCCUCUUACCUUUCCCCUAGAAGAGAAUUGCAUGAAGUUUUGCACUGCCAGCUGCCUCUCCAGGCCUCUUGUAGCUAUUCUCCUGACAAAGCAAUAAGAAGCAUCUGAUUUUUGUGUUAAGAUCCAUCAUGUUUACAUAUGUGUAGUUGUCUCACAUGACAGUAGUACUGUUAAUGAAUGUUCAGAGCCAGCAUAAAAUGAGGGCAUUAAUGCAAGUUACUCCUUUAACUGUCUCUGGCAAUUUAAUAAUUGAAAGUGUCCAUUCAAAUUGUUGUUGGCCUUCAUAAAGCCCAAAAGCAAUGCAGCUGCUUGUAGUUAACUCACAGGCUAUUAUUAAUUAACAUGACAAGUAAUUAUUUUUUAAAUGUUUAUGUUGCAAGGUAGGGAGAUUUUGAUCUUUUAAAACACUAACAGAGGUCUGUAAAACUAAUCAAGGUAAUAAUUACUCUAUUACUUGGAUAAACACAUUGAUAAAACUUUUGAUUUACAUUGUCUAUGUAUUCAAUGAAAACCAGCUUCAGAUGCUAAAAUUCACUGUUUACCUAUUUUUAAAUUUACUUUAUAAAUAAAGAUUGAUGCUUUA